AUGCAACUGGCAUGCACUAAGGAUGAUGAGACCUCCAAAAUUCUUUUGAAACUUCAGCAGGAUGCAAGAGCUGUAAAGCAUUUCAGUUUGCAGAAUUCUCAACUAUUAUAUAGAGGCAGAAUUUAUGUACCAAAAACUGAUGAAUGGAGACAGAAAAUCAUCAGUGAGUUUCAUGAUGGAUUUUUGGGAGGUCAUGCAGGUAGAGCUAGGACCUACAAAAGGAUUAACAGGGCCUUUGCAUGGCCAGGGAUGUUGGCUGAUAUUAAGCAGUACAUUGCAGCUUACCACACUUGCCAAAUACAUCACUAUAAAAUAGUGAAGCCUCCUGGUUUACUUCAACCCAAUCCUAUCCCAGAGAUGGCCUGGUCACACAUCUCAAUGGAUUUCAUUGAUGGUCUUCCCAAUUCAGAAGGUAAAAGUGUGAUUUGGGGAACCAAGUUGGACAAAUCAUUAGCAUAUCAUCCCCAAACUGAUGGUCAGACUGAGAACUUGAACAGGAAUUUGGAGCAGUACUUGAGGUGUGUUGUGGGAGAGAAACCUCACAACUGGGUUCAGGCUGUAAUAUGGCUGCUGAUCAUCCCUUGGGAGAAGUAUGAUGUAUUUCUUAGUUUCAGAGGCGAGGAGACCCGCAAUACUUUUACCAGCCAUCUUUAUGAGGCAUUAUGUCGGAACAAAAUUCAAACUUACAUAGAUGAUGAGGAACUGGAGAGGGGAGAGGAAAUCUCACCUGCCCUUCUCAAAGCAGUCAGUGAAUCGAAGCUUUCUGUUAUCAUUUUCUCCAAAAACUAUGCUUCUUCUACAUGGUGUUUGGAUGAACUUGUGCAAAUACUCCAAUGCAGAGGUGCACAGUUUGUUAUACCCAUCUUCUACGACAUAGAUCCAUCAGAUGUACGCAAACAAUCGGGGAGUUAUGCAGAUGCAUUUGUUAAACAUGAGGAACGUUUGAAGGACAAGUUGGACAAGGUGCUCAUGUGGAGAGAUGCUUUGACCACAGCAGCCAAUAUAUCUGGGUUUGAUUCCCAAAAAAAUAGACCGGAGUCUAAAUUAGUUAAGCUUGUGGUCAAUGACAUUUUGGUUAAAUUGAAUUUGAAAUCGCAAAUCUCAAGUGGUUUGGAGGGACUGGUUGGAAUCGAAAAGCACAUUCAACAAGUUGAAUUGUUAUUAUGCCUCGACUCACCGGAUGUGCAGAUUAUAGGUAUUUGGGGUAUGGGUGGUAUCGGUAAGACCACCAUUGCUGAGGUUGUAUUUGACCGUAUCUCUUCUCAAUUUGAAGCUUGCUGCUUUAUUGCAAAUGUUAGGGAAGCAGAGACGAAACAUGGACUAAAUGAUUUGCGGAAUCAGAUUCUUCGUAAACUACUAAAGGAAGAAAAUCUAUGUAUGGCCACUCCUAGAUCAAGUUUUGCAAGAGAAAGGCUUCGCUGUACAAAGGCUCUCAUUGUUCUUGAUGAUGUGAGUGAUUUAGGCCAAGUGGAAUGUUUAGAUGGAGGUUAUCAUAAUCUAUUUGGCCCUGGUAGUAGAAUCAUUAUAACAAGUAGAAACAAGCGCAUGCUUAGGAAUGGUCUUGAUGGUGGGAAGAUAUAUGAGGUUAAGAAAUUAGAUUAUGAUGAAGCUCUUGAUCUCUUUCAUUUGAGGGCUUGCACAGAUAUCUGUUCCAUGAUUGAUAUAACCUUGUCAAGGAAGGUGGUAGAUUAUGCUGGAGGGAAUCCACUAGCUCUUAAAGUCUUGGGUUCCGUUUUCUCUCAUUGCAAGAGCAUAGAAGACUGGGAAGGUGAAUUAGAUAAAUUGAAAAAAUUUCCAGACGAAAAUAUCCAGAAUGUAUUGAGGUUCAGUUAUGAUGGAUUACAAAAGCAUGAGAAGGAUAUAUUUCUUGAUAUUGCAUGUUAUUAUAAAGGAAAGCAUAUAGAUGAUGUGAAAAGAAUUUUAGAUGCUUCUGGUUUCUGUGCGAAUGCAGGAAUAAGACUUCUCAUCGAUAUGUCUGUCGUAUCAAUAAAAUAUUCAAGACUAGAGAUGCAUGAUUUGAUACAAGAAAUGGGUCAAACAAUUGUUCGUAAUCAAUGCAUUAUAGAUCCCGGACAACGCAGUAGAUUGUGGAUUGCUAAGGAUGUUUGUUCCGUACUGCAAAAUAAUAAGGGGACUAAAGCAAUUGAAUGCUUAGUCAUGACCAUGGAUUCCAUUACAGAUCUUUACAUCAAGCCUUCAGCCUUCAAAAAGAUGCACAAUCUUAGAUUACUGAAGUUUCAGUUUGAGCGUUACUAUUACCGGGAUUCGAAGUCAUGCGUCAACAAAGUUCACCUUUCUCAAGGUCUCAAGUGUCUUCCUCAAGCCCUUAGAAUUCUGUACUGGGAUGGCUUCCCUUUGAAUUCUCUGCCAUCAAAGUUUUGUCCAGACAAUCUUGUUGAGCUUUGUAUGCGCAAUAGUCGACUUAAGCGACUUUGGAAUAAAGGCCUGCAGAUCAAUCUUGGGAGCUUAAAACAUAUCGAUCUUCAACGGUCCGAGCACCUGGCUGAUGUUUCAGCUCUGAUUGAGAGUCCAAAUCUCGAGAGCAUUUUUCUUGAAUGUUGUAGAAGUUUGGUUCAACUUCCUUCGUUUUUUCAGUAUCUUGCCAAGCUUACUCGUCUCUGUCUAUAUGGCUGCUCCAAUCUCAAAAUUCUUCCAGAGAUGCCAGGCAAUCUGGAAACCUUAGUGUUAGACAGGACGGCAAUAGAAGAAUUGCCUUCAUCAAUUUGGUGUCUUGAGAAGCUUGAUGACUUGGGUCUUGGAUCAUGUGAAGGGCUUAAGAAUCUUCCAAGCAACACUUGUAGGUUGAAUUCGAUCUCAUCUCUUGUUCUAUCUGGUUGCCUCUCUCUUGGGUCUUUACCUAGCGAGCUCCCUUCUGGGAUGAAGUACCUGGAGUUGAGCAAUUGCAAGAGUCUUAGGUCUUUGCCUGUCAAGCUCCCUUCUGGGUUGAAGUACCUAGAGUUGAGCAAUUGCAAGUCUCUUAGCUCUUUGCCUAUCAAGCUACCUUCUGGGUUGAUAACACUAGACUUGAGCAAUUGCAAGAGUCUUGGGUCUUUGCCUGCCCAGCUACCUUCUUUGUUGGAGGACCUCAACUUGAGCCACUGUGAGAGUCUUCGAUCUCUACCUGUCAAGCUCCCUUCUGGGCUGAUAUACCUGGAGUUGAGCAAUUGCAAGAGUCUUAGGUCUUUGCCUGUUGAGCUACCUGGAGUGAUAACGCUGGACUUGAGCAAUUGCAAGAGUCUUGAGUCUUUGCCUCCCCGGCUACCUUCUUGGCUGGAGGAUCUCAACUUGAGCAAUUGUGAGAGUCUUCGAUCUCUACCUGUCAAGCUCCCUUCUGGGCUGAUAACACUGGCCCUGAGAAAUUGUAAGAGUCUUCAGUUUUUACCGCAGCUCCCAUGGCUUCUAAAAUAUUUGGAUGCACAUGGCUGCACAUCACUAGAGAGAGUCUCUAGUUCGAGGAUUGCAUUAAUAAAAGGUUGGGAUCAACAAGUCAAGAAUUUUGAAGAUUCUGAAGAUACCUGGUGGCCCGAGGAACUUGUAUUUAUAAAUUGCCUGAAAUUGGAUCAGAGUGCAUGGAGCAACAUAAUGGCUGAUGCACAGCUUAGAAUUGUGCGAAUUGCAACUUUAUCACAACUCCUCAGUGGAUGUAGUUGGGGUGCACAACUUAGAAUUGUUUGUCCGGGAAAUGAAAUUCCAAAGUGGUUCAGCUAUCAAAGUGAGGGAUGUUCGAUAAAUAUCAAGCUUCCUCCUCAUUGGUUUCGUCAAGGCUUCCUGGGUUACGCUCUAUGCAUUGUGGUUUCAUUCAACAACUAUACGCCACCCAAUAUUAAAAAUUCCAACUUUUGUUGUGAAACCCAUUACAAAACUAACAAUCGUGACCACCUUCCUCACGAAAGUUGCGGGCAAUUGUUGCUGGAGCAUGGAAUUGUCAAUUCAGAUCAUGUGUUCGUCUGGUGUUUCUACCCUGAAUUUGUUAGAUUACCAAGUGCAAUCAAGCUUUCUACAUGUGAAAAAGUAUCGGAGGCCUCUUUUGACAUCAUAUUGUACCACUUUGACCUUUCCACCAAAGAAAAAAAACUCUUUGACAUUUCCAAUGUGAGGGUGAAAAGGUGUGGAGUCUCCUUGCUGUAUUCCCAAGAUUUUGAAAACUUACUUGGAGGCAUUGAUGAAGAUGUAAUUAUGGAACCGAAACAAGUAGUAGAAGAAGAAGAUAUCAUCAUAAAAACUAAGAGACGACGCGAUGAGUCUGAACCCAGUGGAAGUGGAAUUGCAAGCUUCAAAGAAGAAGAUGACAGAGAACUACUUUCCCAGAGUAGUAAAAGGAAAAUCAACAUCAUUUGA